GGCGAAUGGGGAUUGGAUUGAAACUGGUGAAGAAGAUGGAAGAAUGGUUUAAAGAAAACGGAGCAGAGUAUUCAUACAUGGCGACCGAGAAAGACAACUCUGCUUCUGUCAAUCUUUUUACUAAUAAAUGCGGUUACUCAAAAUUCCGUACGCCGUCAAUCCUAAUCCAACCCGUAUUCGCCCAUCAAGCUCGAAUCAGCAAACGGGUCACCAUAAUCAAACUCGAACCUUCCGAUGCCGAAGUUUUCUACCGCCGCCGUUUCUCAACGACCGAGUUCUUCCCUACCGAUAUAGACGUCGUUUUGAGCAACCCUUUAAGUUUGGGUACCUUUGUUGCUUUUCCUAAGGUUUUGGGGUAUAACUAUUCUUGGCCCGGGUCGGAUAAGUUCUUGGAUAAUCCACCGGAAUCAUGGGCGAUUGUAAGUGUUUGGAAUUGUCAAUUUCAGUUGGAAGUGAGAGGGGUUUCGAGUUUUAAGAAGUGGGUAGCCCGGAGAAUUAGGGGGGUUGACAGGGCAUGUCCGUGGAUGAGAAUUCCGUCGGUGCCGGAGUUUUUCCGGCCGUUUGGGAUUCAUUUUGUUUAUGGUUUGGGAGGGGAAGGGGUAAUGGGGGAGAAACUUGUGAAGGAGCUUUGUGGGGCUGUUCAUAAUUUGGCUAAGGAAAGAGGAGGUGGGGUGGUGGCGACCGAGGUUUCGGCCGGGGAGCGGCUGAGGAAGGGGAUACCUCACUGGAAGAGACUAUCGUGUCCAGAGGAUUUAUGGUGUAUGAAGAAAUUGGGAGAAGAUGAAGAUGAAGAUGAUGAAGAGGAUGUCGGUGACUGGACAAAGUCGGCACCUGGCUUGUCUAUUUUUGUUGAUCCUAGAGAAAUUUAGUAUGGGACAAGGAUCAGACAUAGAUGGGUCCCUUGUGUUUUGUUUCUUUCUUUUAUCUUCUUAACAAGUUCUAGAGAAGACAAAAGAGGGUUUGGGUUUGUUGAUGGUGAACCGGGUCGGCUCUUGGCUCAAGAACCAAAAAAGGAUAAGAAGUAAGAACCACCACCUAGUUCAUUGUAUAGGGCAACUUUUUUUUUUUUAUUAUCUAAUUUCAAGUUCUACAACUU